UCAUUCAGAGGAUUGUUGUGAACGGAGAUCCACGGAUUACAGAGAGCGCCGCUUCGCUCUCCACAGUUUAUGCACCGGCUAGCUCGCUUUCGCAUUUUUUUUGUUUGUUCUUUAAAUAAUAAUUAUUUUUGCCGUCUGACUCAACAAUAAGCUACAUGAUUCUAUAGUGAGGACUCCGGGAAACUUGAGUUUGCAUCUUCGAAAGCAGUUUCUACAAAUCUUUCAAUUUAAAGUGCCAACAUCAUGCCUAAGCAAGUAGAGGUGAGGAUGCAUGAGAGCCACCUGGAGCCAAUUGAGGCGCCGUCUCUACCGUUCUACAAGAAGAUCUGCCAGAAGCUUUCAAAGAAUUUACUUCUAACACUUACGGUGUUUGGUGUGAUUAUGGGUGCCGUAUGUGGGUGUCUUCUGCGCUUCGCCUCUCCACUUCCUGAAGACAUCAUUAUGGUCAUUGCCUUCCCCGGAGACAUCCUCAUGAGAAUGCUGAAGAUGCUCAUCCUGCCCCUCAUUGUCUCGAGCUUAAUUACAGGUCUGGCAGGCUUGGAUGCCAAAGCAAGCGGCCGAUUGGGAACUCGAGCCAUGGUGUACUACAUGUCGACUACGAUCGUCGCUGCCGUCCUGGGGGUCAUCCUCGUACUGCUUAUCCACCCGGGGAACCCUAAACUGAAGGCGCGGCUUGGCGAAGGAAACAAAAAUGAUGAAGUGUCCAGCUUGGAUGCUUUUUUCGACCUCAUUAGGAAUCUCUUCCCGGAGAAUCUUGUGCAGGCCUGUUUCCAGCAGAUUCAGACCGUCACCAAGAAAGUCCAGGUGUUCCCCGACGUCUCCGAGCCAACUGACCAAGGCAAUUCCACCGUUGACGACUUCCUAGAAGUGGUGAAUGCCACUGUCGCGCCGGAGCCCAUGUAUGUCACCAAGAAGGGGCUCGAAUUCAAAGGCGGAAUGAACGUCCUGGGCUUGAUUGGGUUCUUCAUCGCUUUUGGAAUUGCAAUGGGAAAGAUGGGAGAGCAGGCACGGCUAAUGUUGGAGUUCUUCAAUAUUCUCAAUGAAAUCGUCAUGAAGCUGGUCACCAUGAUCAUGUGGUACUCUCCCCUGGGUAUCGCCUGCUUGAUCUGUGGUAAGAUCAUCGCUAUCAAAGACCUGGAAGUCGUGGCCCGCCAGCUGGGAAUGUAUAUGGUCACCGUGAUCAUCGGCCUUAUAAUCCAUGGAGCCAUCUUCCUGCCAUUGCUCUACUUUGUGAUCGUGCGGAAGAACCCGUUCUCAUUCUUCGGGGGAAUCUUCCAGGCUUGGAUUACCGCCUUGGGCACAGCCUCCAGCGCAGGGACUCUUCCUGUGACAUUCCGAUGUUUGGAGGAAAACUUGGGAAUUGAUAAACGAGUCACCAGAUUUGUGCUCCCGGUUGGUGCCACCAUCAACAUGGAUGGCACGGCCCUUUAUGAGGCUGUUGCUGCCAUCUUCAUCGCACAGAUGAAUGGAAUCCAGUUAGACGGGGGACAAAUUGUGACGGUCAGCUUGACGGCGACUCUGGCCAGUGUGGGGGCUGCUAGCAUUCCCAGUGCAGGACUGGUCACCAUGCUGCUCAUCCUAACAGCCGUCGGACUGCCGACUCAAGACAUUAGCCUGCUGGUAGCAGUGGAUUGGCUAUUGGACAGGAUGCGGACGUCAGUGAAUGUGGUGGGAGACUCUUUCGGCGCCGGAAUCGUCUACCAUCUGUCAAAAGCCGAGCUGGAGAGUUUGGAUGCCCACCACGGACAUCACGAAGACAUUGAGCUCACCAAAACCCAGUCUUUGUACGACGACCUCAAGAAUCAUCGAGAGAACAACUCCAACCAGUGCGUUUACGCAGCACACAACUCUGUGCUAGUAGAUGAGUGCAAGGUUACUCUGGCCACAAAUGGUUCUGCUGCUGAGUACACAGUUGUUGAGGAGGAACCAUGGAAAAGUGAAACAUAAAGAACAGAGACCCCUCAGCUUCACCUAAACCUGAACUCCAGAAACGUGUGUCCUGGUGAAUGAGAAAACAGAUAAUAACCAAUGUAAUAAUGUAGUGGGAAAAAAAUCCAUUAACGCUCUCAACAAUCAGACUGAAAUGCUCUAAUGUACUAACCAGCUAACCAAACAAUUACCGUGACAGUAGCACGUGUGUCUUGUGAUUUUUAGUGUCAUUAAGAUCUGAGGAUCAAUGGUCAUUUUAGCCCCAUGAUACUGGCUUUGAGAUUUUCUCUCCAUGCAUCUUCCCAGCAUCAGGGUGGGAGGCAGUGGUCGAGUCUCGGACCCUUAUGCUGUCCUUAGUUGGGAUGUGGGAUGUGAGACUUUCAGAUUUCACAGUGGUGGCUGAGCACAGAAUUUAGUGGAAGUUCUCCAGAUGGUGUUUGCUGCCCUCUUUUUUUUCCCUUCCUCUGUCUACGUGGGUGUCAUUCUGUGUUAAUUUAUGACUUGACAAAUUUAUCUUCCUAACAGCCUUGAAUAAGAAGGCAGCUCAAUAGCUUAAACCAAGAAAUAAAACACAAAAAAAAAAUAAAAAAGCAAACAAACAUCCCUUUAGGGGGCACUGAGAGUCCAUGUUAGAGUGAGCACCAUUGACUUUAUUUAUUGGAGCAGAUUCUGUUCCACCUCGGAGGUCAGUUGAGGCUCAAAUAAUCAAGCCAGUUCACCAGCCAUGCUGCAAUCAACAGUGAAGGUGCUGCAAAUGGUUGACCUGCUCUGCUAAAUCUUGACAAUGGUGUAAGCGUCAUCAGAAAAACAUUCAUUUGGGAAAGCUGGAAGAGUCUCACAUGCUCAGUACCAAAACUUGAUGCAAACAUAUGAGACGAUACAGUGAGCUGCCUUCAAAGGACAGUUCUUAUUCUCGAUGCUGCCACCAUAUUGAAGAAACCUUUUCAUUUUUUUCAGAUAGGUUUGCAUUUCCUCUUAUUUCUGGAAUGCGUUUCAGGGGGUCAUCCAAAAUCUGACAUUAGUCACCAAAUGCCACGAUCCCAAACAACCUGAAAACUGCUCACGUCCAAAAUUACAUGCAAAUGAAGAAAGCGUGAGAUUUGAGGAUUGUCUAACAAAUAUAAGAACACAUUUUAAAACUCCAGUUUAUUUACGUUGAGCACCAAAUUGAGCAUCAAACACUGGAUCUACAAAGUGACCCAAUGCUCACAAACACAAAAGGGAACGUCAAGAAGAAAGGCCACACUGCUGCACGACACCCACUUGCCAGCCCCAGUGACUCAUUCAGGGUCACACACGUCAAUGAGGGUAGGAAUUACAUUUGUCAAACUGUCAGCUAUAAAGCGCCUUUCCAUAAAGAACUCCAUUUUAAGGCCUCACACAUUAAGAAAAUUCAGCUUUUCCCAGACAUCCACCUGUGUCCUUCAAGAAACAAGGCCUUUAAACUGGUAUUAUGGGCAUUUGAUUAUAGUGGAGAAAAGCCAAUGGCUUUUCUUCCAAAGCUCCAAUUUAACCCUUGUGUACUUAGAUUGAUAGAGAUGAAAGGCACUAUAUAAUAGAUAGAUAGAUAGAUAGAUAGAUAGAUAGAUAGAAGUG